ACCGCUGAAGAGGACAUCUGACGCCAUGAAAGGUUUUAGAACUCUUGCGGCGUACGCACUUGCGCUCUUACUCCUGGCGACGUUUGUGUCCCAUUCCUGGAGCGCGCCAAAGGAAAGCUUUCAGCGCAGGAACUGGACGCCCCAAGCAAUGUUGUAUCUAAAGGGAACACAGGGACGGCGCUUUGUAGCAGAGGACAGAAACGAAGGGGACUUAUACGACACAAUUCGUUUGGAAUCACGCAGCCAAAACACAGAAGAUCUGAGUGUCUCCAAAGCGGCUGCAUUUCUCUUAAACGUCCUCCGACAAGCAAGAGAAGAGGGUGAGACUUACUGAAACCAGCUAACAAUCUCCCUUUAAAACAAUCUGAAUAUUUCCAUUUUUGUGAGCCAUGUGGAAUGA